AUGAGGACUCACACACGGGGGGCUCCCAGUGUGUUUUUCAUAUGUUUGUUUUGCUUUGUGUCAGCCUGCGUCACCGACGAGAAUCCAGAAGUCAUGAUCCCCUUCACCAAUGCCAACUACGACAGCCACCCAAUGCUCUACUUCUCCAGGGCCGAGGUGGCCGAGCUCCAGCUGAGGGCCGCCAGCUCCCACGAGCACAUUGCUGCCCGGCUCACUGAGGCCGUGAACACCAUGCUGUCCAGCCCCUUGGAGUACCUCCCUCCUUGGGACCCCAAGGAAUACAGCGCCCGCUGGAAUGAGAUUUACGGCAACAACCUGGGGGCCUUAGCCAUGUUCUGCGUGCUGUAUCCUGAGAACAUGGAAGCCCGAGAUAUGGCCAAAGACUACAUGGAGAGGAUGGCAGCUCAGCCUAGUUGGUUGGUAAAAGAUGCUCCUUGGGAUGAAGUCCCACUUGCUCACUCCCUGGUUGGUUUUGCCACUGCCUAUGACUUCUUGUACAACUACCUGAGCAAGACACAGCAGGAGAAGUUUCUUGAAGUGAUUGCCAAUGCCUCAGGGUAUAUGUAUGAGACUUCAUACAGGAGAGGAUGGGGAUUUCAAUACCUGCACAAUCAUCAGCCCACCAACUGCAUGGCCUUGCUCACAGGAAGCCUGGUUCUGAUGAAUCAAGGGUACCUUCAGGAAGCUUACUUAUGGACCAAACAAGUUCUGACCAUCAUGGAGAAGUCUCUGGUCUUGCUCCGAGAGGUGACAGAUGGCUCCCUCUAUGAAGGAGUUGCAUAUGGCAGCUACACCACUAGAUCACUCUUCCAGUAUAUGUUUCUUGUUCAAAGGCACUUUGACAUCAACCACUUUGGCCACCCAUGGCUUAAACAACACUUUGCAUUUAUGUAUAGAACCAUUCUGCCAGGGUUUCAAAGAACUGUGGCUAUUGCAGACUCAAAUUACAACUGGUUUUAUGGUCCAGAAAGCCAAUUAGUGUUCCUGGAUAAAUUUGUCAUGCGUAACGGCAGUGGCAACUGGUUGGCUGACCAAAUCAGAAGGAACCGUGUGGUGGAAGGUCCGGGGACGCCGUCCAAAGGGCAACGCUGGUGUACUCUUCACACGGAAUUUCUCUGGUACGAUGCCAGCUUGAAAUCUGUUCCCCCUCCAGAUUUCGGCACCCCGACAUUGCAUUAUUUUGAAGACUGGGGCGUUGUGACUUACGGAAGUGCGCUGCCUGCAGAAAUCAAUAGAUCUUUCCUUUCCUUCAAGUCAGGAAAACUUGGGGGACGUGCAAUAUAUGACAUUGUCCACAGAAACAAAUACAAAGACUGGAUCAAAGGCUGGAGGAAUUUUAAUGCAGGGCAUGAACAUCCUGAUCAAAAUUCAUUUACCUUCGCUCCCAACGGUGUGCCUUUCAUUACUGAGGCUCUCUAUGGGCCAAAGUACACCUUCUUCAACAACGUUUUGAUGUUUUCCCCAGCUGCCUCCAAGAGCUGCUUUUCUCCCUGGGAGGGCCAGCUCACAGAAGACUGCUCAUCAAAAUGGUCUAAAUAUAAGCACGACCCGGCAGCUAGCUGUCAGGGGAGAGUGGUUGCCGCAGCGGAGAAAAAUGGGGUGGUUUUCAUCCGAGGAGAGGGUGUGGGCGCUUACAACCCCCAGCUUCACCUGAGGAACGUUCAGAGAAAUCUGAUCCUCCUGCAUCCGCAGCUUCUCCUCCUUGUGGAUCAGAUACACCUGGGAGAGGACAGCCCAUUGGAGAGGGCAGCAAGCUUCUUCCACAAUGUGGAUUUUCCUUUCGAGGAGACGGUGGUAGAUGGGGUCCAUGGGGCUCUCAUCAGGCAGCGGGAUGGCCUCUAUAAAAUGUACUGGAUGGAUGAUACUGGCUACAGUGAGAAAGGAACCUUUGCCUCAGUGACAUACCCUCGCGGCUAUCCUUACAACGGGACGAACUACGUGAAUGUCACCACGCACCUCCGAAGUCCCGUCACCAGGGCAGCUUACCUCUUCAUAGGGCCAUCCGUCGAUGUUCAGAGCUUCAGCAUCCACGGAGACGCUCAGCAACUGGAUGUGUUCGUGGCCACCAGCGAGCAUGCCUACGCCACUUACCUGUGGACAGGAGAGACCUCGGGGCAGUCUGCCUUUGUGCAGGUCAUUGCUGACCGGCAGAAAAUUCUGUUUGACCGGAGUUCAGCCAUCAGGAGCAGCGUUGUCCCGGAGGUGAAGGACUACGCUGCUCUGGUGGAACAGAACCUGCAGCAUUUUAAGCCCGUGUUCCAGCUGCUAGAGAAGCAGAUCCUGUCCCGCGUCCGGAACACAGCCAGCUUCAGGAAGACUGCCGAGCGCCUGCUGAGAUUUUCAGAUAAGAGACAGACCGAGGAGGCCAUCGACAGGAUUUUUGCCAUAUCGCAGCAGCAGCAGCAGCAACAGAGCAAGUCCAAGAAGAACCGAAGGGGAGGCAAACGCUAUAAAUUUGUGGAUGCCGUCCCUGAUAUUUUUGCACAGAUUGAAGUCAAUGAAAGAAAGGUUCGACAGAAAGCUCAGAUCUUAGCACAGAAAGAACUGCCCGUAGAUGAAGAUGAAGAAAUGAAAGACCUUUUAGAUUUUGCAGACAUAACAUACGAGAAACACAGGAACGGCGAUGUGAUGAAUGGCCGGUUUGGCCAGGCUCGAAUGGUGACAACGACUCACAGCAGAGCCCCGGCGCUGUCCGCCUCGUACACCAGGCUGUUUCUGAUCCUCAACAUUGCUAUUUUCUUUGUCAUGUUGGCAAUGCAACUGACUUAUUUCCAGAGGGCCCAGAGUCUUCAUGGCCAAAGAUGUCUCUAUGCAGUCCUUCUAAUAGAUAGCUGUAUUUUAUUAUGGUUGUAUUCUUCUUGUUCCCAAUCACAGUGUUAG